GGGUGGGAGGGGGAAAAGACAUGCUUUCCCUUAGCAGAGAGAGUCAGCAAAUUCAGCUGCCUGCUCGGGAGGGGAAGGAGCCGCUUCAGAGAACAGCUGGAUCAGAGAUCUCCUGGGGACACAGGGAGCUUUGCAAGGUAAAAAGGGGCGAUGGUGCAAUAGCAGGAAGGAGGGAGAGGAGCGCUGGGACGCAGCAAACAGAACAAGGCAGAAAGAGAAUCCGGAAAGGAGAGGUGCUGCCUUGGCUCAUGAUCGCUCCCAUUGAAUUCUGUGGGACACCGGGUUGCAGCAGUCUGGAGAGGGGGCAAAGCCUAUUUAGCCAAGAAACGUGAGUCCAGCAUCUGGCACAGAUGAUUUCUUUGAACCACUCACUUUUGCUUCCUCUCAUUCACACGACUGUGGAAAGAGCGAAGCACAACUUUGGGAAACAGCUGAACUUUUUUUGGGCAAAUUCUGGCAGCCGACAAGCUCUCCAGCUUGCUUGCCGUAAACAUGGGUCUUUUUCGCUCGCGGAAUGAUGCUUUAAAGCACUUUGAUCUCGCGACACCUUUACAACGACCCUGUAAAGCAGUCUGGUAUUCUUAUGUGCUUAUUGCAGGCAGGGGGAGGGCCGGAUUCUGGGGGAUAGUGUCAUGCCACAGACACCCACCCACCUCUUGAGAGAUGGGCAAGCUCCUUCACACAGCACUAACUGUGGAACUGGCUCCCAACAAGAGGCAGGGAUGGCCAGCAAUUGGGAUGGUUUUAAAAAAACCAGAGAAAUCCAUGGCAAAUAUAGCUAUCAAAGUUUGCUUGCCACAAUGGCUAUUUUGUACCUCCACCGUCAUUCGGAAUCACACUCCACAGGUGAAGACAGAGCUUAAUAAGAAAGAGAGAUCACGGCAUGGUCCUCAGCUGCAAGGUGAAGUUAUCAGUCUUGCCCCCUUCCCCCACGCUUCAGGUGGACUUUUCCUACCUUUUUAUUUUAUUUUUUUAAGUGCCACAUGUUGCUUCCAUGGUGAGCAAGGAGGCUAUUUCACACAUUAGCCUGGGAAGGAAUAGGAAUGAUUUGGACUGAUCACAGUGAGGAUGCUUUCAGACUUAGACCCACUGCCCUAAAACAUCCUGCCUGCCUUUGCUCUUUGCUUUCCACAUUUUCAUAUCUUGUGCUCCACCUCUGCUUAUAUAUAUAUAUAUAAAGUAAAGGUAAAGGGACCCCUGACCAUUAGGUCCAGUCGUGACCGACUCUGGGGUUGCGGCGCUCAUCUUGCUUUACUGGCCGAGGGAGCCGGCGUACAGCUUCCAGGUCAUGUGGCCAGCAUGACUAAGCCACUUCUGGUGAACCAGAGCAGCGCACACAAACGCCGUUUAUCUUCCCGCCGGAGUGGUACCUAUUUAUCUACUUGCAUUCUGACAUGCUUUCAAACUGCUAGGUUGGCAGGAGCAGGGACCGAGCAACGGGAGCUCACCCCGUCGUGACUUGAUCAGCAAGUCCUAGGCUCUGUGGUUUAACUAUAUAUUCCUCUUUUGGAACAAUCUCUCUUAGGUCCCAGAGAAGAACUUAUGCCCAGCUGCUGUGACGUAGAAAUGACCUCUUCUUUGUCGCUACCUGAUGGAGACAAUACUGCGGAAUUUUGCAUUUUAACAUUUGCAGACCUGGAGCUGAAAGAUCACGGUCCUUCCCCACCCGAGGGCCACCUGAAAGCCGAAUUAGAUGCCAGGGCCCGAAAGAAGUAUGCGUGCGCAAAGAAAAAGGUAUUUGGCAUCUGGGUCACACGGUUAGAACGUACAGAACCACCUAGUGAUGUGAAAAUUGUUGUGCAGAUGGCAGCUUCUUGGUAUUGGGCCUGAAUAGGGGAACUGUGCUCCUGAAGGACCAGGUGCACAGCCUGGGAGUCAUUUUGGAUUCACAGCUGUUGAUGGAGGCGCAGGUGAAUUCUGUGUCCAGGGCAGCUGUUUAUCAGCUCCGUCUGGUACGCAGGAUGAGACCCUAUCUGCCCACAGACUGUCUUUCCAGAGUGGUGCAUGCUCUGGGUGUCUCCGGCUUGGACUACUGCAAUGCGUUUUACGCAGGGCUACCUUUGAAGGUGACCCGGAAACUGCAAUUAAUCCAGAAUGCAGCAGCUAGACUGGUGACUGGCCGCCGAGACAAUAUAACACCGGUUCUGAAAGACCUGCAUUGGCUCCCAGGACGUUUCCAAUCACAAUUCCAAGUGUUGGAGCUGACCUUUAAAGCCUUAAAUGGCUUCAGCCCAGUAUACCUGAAGGAGCGUCUCCACCCCAUUGUUCAGGCUGAACACUGAGGUCCAGCUCCGAGAGCCUUCUGGUGGUUCCCUCGCUGCGAGAAGUGAAGCUACAGGGAAUCAGGGAAAGGGUCUACUCGGUGGUGAGGCCCACCCUGUGGAAUGCCCUCCUAUCAGAUGUCAAGGAGAUAAACAACUAUCUGACUUUUAGAAGACAUCUGAAGGCAGCCCUGUUUAGGGCAGCUUUUAAUGUUUGAUGUUUUAUUGUGUUUUUAAUAUUCUGUUGAGAGCCGCCCAGUGCAGCUGGGGAAACCCAGCCAGAUGGGCGGAGUAUAAAUAAUAGAUUUUUAUUAUUAUUAUUUAAACCUCCCCAACUUUCCCCGUAUCAAAUCUGUUCUGAACAGCAUUAGAGACCUAGGAGGAGGAUUAAAGUAGGGUGCCAGAGAGUUAGUGCUCUUUGAGCGGGGGGAAAUGUGUUUCGAAUGUGCAUAGUGUGACCACAGUCUUCGCCUUCUCCAGUGGAAAGGUGGUCUGUGCCCCAAAUUCUCCUUUUGUCGUUUUCGCAGGCCUUUGCUCUCUUUGUCAAAGCCAAGGAAGUGGUAGCUGACACUUGCUGCCCUAUGUCGGCUUGCCAAAGGGCGAUUUCCUGGAGAUGCUGCCAAGAAACUUUCAAAGACCUGACUGGCAUUCACAGGCAUGUAUCGGCUCUGCAUUCGGGCGAUGUGGGGCAGCAGACCUCCGUGAUCCUGAAACAGAUGGCACGCAGCGUCAGUGUCACAAGUAGCCCAGUUUCGUCGGCAGAUGAAACAUCCAGGCCUAGCAGGCCCCUGUACAGAAGCCAAGAGAUGUUCCAGAAGCUUCCAGACACAAGCCAUAUCGAUAUUAAUGAAAUGACAAGGUAAGAGGUUUUUGGGGUUUUUUAACAGGCACAAACAGCACCUGGGAAUGUACAGUUCAGCAAAUUCCAGUUUAUCCUCUCCCCCCAUCUUAAAUUCAAAUCUCCACCUUUCUACAUCAGUUUGCAGUUUUUUAAAAAUAAGGUCACCCCAAUGAUAAUCAUAUUAUCAUUUAUACCCCGUCUACCUGGGUGGGUUGCCCCAGCCACUCCCCCAAAUUUGUCAGCAUUGUUAGUGUGCAAUUUUGCCUAUAAAUGGAUGGCCGUCUGUCAUGUAUGAUCGAGCUGAGAUUCCUGGAUAGCAAGGGUUGCACUAAUAAUAAUAAUAAUAAUAAUAAUAAUAAUAAUAAUAAUAAUUUAUUUAUACCCCGCCCAUCUGGCUGGGUUUCCCCAGCCACUCUGGGUGGCUUCCAACAAAAUAUUAAAAUACAGUAAUGCAUCAAACAUUAAAAGCUUCCCUAAACAGGGCUGCCUUCAGAUGUCUGAAGACACUAGAUGACUCGCGGGGGUCCCUUCCAACUCUACAAUUCUAUGGUUCUACGGACACUUCUGCAAGCAAUUUCCCCAUAUAUAUAUAUAUAUAUAUGCUGUUUUCACUAACAUAUGUGAGUGUUUCCCUCGUUUUUGGUUGGCGAAAUACACAGGAAAAUUCAGUGAAAUACAAAAGUCAAAGGACAGCUGCAUGCUGGGUCACGUAUUGGACGGAAUUUGAGCUGACACAAUUGUUCCGUCAGUGCAAGCGUUUCUGCUUCCAGGGGGACUGAUCUCCCUUCCUCCCCCUGUGUACUGUUCCACAGGUUCUCCCGGCCCUCUAACAUGGAUUUGGGGGAGGCGUGGGGGGGGCACACAGUGGGGAGAAGAUGGGAGAAAGCCCCAUCCCUCUAGCAGGAGUCUGGCCCUCUGUUUCGGGAAGUGCAAACGAAACCAGUUUUCUCCCCCAAGCCUUACUACUGACCCCGCACAGUUUCCAUGUCUUCGUGCUGCAAAGCGGUCUACAAAUUUGUAUAAUAACUUUUCAGGUGUUAUAGUUUUUCUUACAUAAGCUUCUCCCUUCUUCCCAGUGACAGUGAGCCUGGCCACGUUUUGCUGUACUAUUGUUACUGUGAGGUGGCAGAUCCCCAGGGACUUUGUGACUGGCAGAAGGCUUUAUGCCAACACCUGCAUCUCACGGGCAAGGUAAGUAAUUCAGCGCACUACACGGUGAAGAGUUGCAGCAGAUUGGCUGUCCAGAGCUAUCUCCAUCAGCAGACCUGGCAGGCUAGGGGCGCCUCCCGUAUCCGGAAUCUCCUAUCUGUUCAGACACCUUACAAGAGCCACUGUGGUACAGUGUAGGGCUGUUAUGGGACGCGGGUGGUGCUGUGGUCUAAACCACUGAGCCUCUUGGCCUUGCCGAUCAGAAGGUUGGUGGUUUGAAUCCCCGCGACAGGAUGAGCUCCCAUUGCUCUGUCGCAGCUCCUGCCAACCUAGCAAUUCGAAAGCACACCAGUGUAAGUAGAUAAAUAGGUAUCGCUGCGGCAGGAAGGUAAACGGCGUUUCCAUGCACUCUGGCUUCCGCCACAAUGUUCCAAAAGCGGUUUGAGAGCCAGUGUGGUGUAGUGGUUAAGAGCAGUAGACUCGUAAUCUGGUGAACCGGGUUCGAUUCCCCGCUCCUCCACAUGCAGCUGCUGGGUGACCUUGGGCUAGUCACACUUCUUUGAAAUCUCUCAGCUCCACUCACCUCACAGACUGUUGUGGGGGAGGAAGGGAAAGGAGAAUGUUAGCCGCUUUGAGACUCCUUUGGGUAGUGAUAAAGCAGGAUAUCAAAUCCAAACUCUUUAGUCAUGCUGGCCACAUGACCCAGAAAGCUGUCUGUUGACAAACGCUGGCUCCCUCGGCCUGAAAGCGAGAUUAGCGCCGCAACCCCAUAGUCGCCUUUGACUGGGUGUAACCAUCCAGAGGUCCUUUACCUUUACUGUUUACCUAGUGUAGGGCUGGAUGCAAAUCAGGAUGCAUUUGCAAUGCAAAAAUCAUACUGCGAAGCCAGCUAAUGCCUCUACAUAGCUCCAUCCUGAUUUCACACAUUGUGAUACACCAGUAUAUUGUGAUGUUUAGCUGGUGAUACUUCACGAAGCUGAAAACCAGCUCCAUCCUUAUUUCAGACAUUGUGAUAUAUCGGUAUAUUGCAAUGUUUUGCGGAUGAUACAUCACAAAGUUGAAACGCAGAUAUCGCCCAGUCCUGCUGUUCCCUUCUACAUAAAAAGGUAAAGGGACCCCUGACCAUUAGGUCCAGUCGUGGCCGACUCUGGGGUUGCGCCGCUCAUCUCGCUUUACUGGCCGAGGGAGCCGGCAUACAGCUUCCAGGUCAUGUGGCCAGCAUGACUAAGCUGCUUCUGGCAAACCAGAGCAGCGCACGGGAACGCCGUUUACCUUCCCACCGGAGCAGUACCUAUUUAUCUACUUGCACUUUGAUGUGCUUUUGAACUGCUAGGUUGGCAGGAGCAGGGACCGAGCAACGGGCGCUCACCCCGUCGCAGGGAUUCGAACCGCUGACCUUCUGAUCAGCAAGUCCUAGGCUCUGUGGUUUAACCCACAUCUCCACCCGUGUCCUUCUUCCCUUCUUCAGAGUUCCAUCCUUAUUUCAGACAUUGUGAUAUAUUGGUGCAUCGCGACGUUUAGCUGGUGAUAUGUCUCAACAUUGAAAACCAGAUAUCGCCCAGCCCUAGUAUAGCGUCAGGCUUUGCGCACACUGUUCCUUUAAAGCACAGUUGAAGCUCCUUCCCUUGCCCCUCAAUGAAUUCUGGGCACUGUAGUUUGUUAAGGGUUGCUGGGAAUUGUAUCUCUUUGAGGGGGGAACUGUAAUGCCCAUAAUUCUUUGAGGGGAAAUAAUGUGCUUUGAAUGUGCAUAGCUUGUCAGACUUCCUUCUUCUUUGGCGAUCACUCGUUGCUGAGUAAUAUUGCCUUCCAUGAACACAAUUUUAACAGUGAGUCUGUAAGUGACUGCAGGCCAAUUCUGGAUCCACACGUCCUUCCACAGUGGGGACAUAGGUUUCCGGGCGGGAGUUGAUCAUGGUGAGGGUUUGCCAAGUGUGUCUUCCUCUUAGCACGUUUCUCCCUUGCAUCCUGAGUUCGGGCAUCUUCAAAGCCCAUGACACCUUUGGUAAAGGCUGUUCUCCAACUGGAGCGCUCGCAGGCCAGUGUUUCCCAGUUGUCGGUGUUUAUACUACAUUUUAAAAGAUUUGCCUUGAGAGAGUCUUUAAACCUCUUAUGAGACUAGGACCUGGUAGGACCUAGGGCUCAAAUCCCCACUCAGCCACAAAGCUCACUGGUCUCCUAGCCUAACCUACCUCACAGGGUAGUUGUGAGGAUAAAAUGGGGAGGGAGGAACCACGCAUGCCACCUUCAGCUCCCUGGAGGGAUUGUGGGCUAUAGACGCAAUAAUAAAUAAGUCACAUUAGUUCCAAUGAGGAACUAAUUUUCCUGAAAUCCAAUCCUUUGGAGAGUUAAGUCCACCAAAGGUGUUAUACAACCUAUAGUGGGUGGACAUAGCAGACGAUACAGAGAUUUCUCCAAGUAGUUCUUUAUAAGUAAGCUGGAACUGAACUGAACAGCAAAUAGCUCAGCCGGCCUGCUUUUAUAGGCAGCCGGCUGUCAACGUUUAACAACAACCGCCCAGGGUUUCCCGCCUAAAUUAACUUAUGUGGACCUGAGUGAAAACUACCGUAUUUUUCGCUCCAUAAGGCACAUCCAGACCACAAGACGCACCUAGUUUUUGGAGGAGGAAAACAAGAAAAAAAAUAUUCUGAAUCUCAGAAGCCAGAACAACAAGAGGGAUCGCUGCGCAGUGAAAGCAGCAAUCCCUCUCACUGCUCUGGCUUCUGGGAUAGCUGCGCAGCCUGCAUUCGCUCCAUAAGACGCACACACAUUUCCUCUUACUUUUUAGGAGGGAAAAAGUGAGUCUUAUAGAGCAAAAAAUACGGCUAUAUACACAAUACCCCCUGGUGGCCAGGGUGAAAACAUCAAUACUGUACAUAAUACAAUCUGUGCUAGAUUUUUCCUUGGAUUACUUACAUGCAGCAGUGCACAAUGUGUCGUUUGGGCUGGAAGGCCAAAAUCCAACGCAUCCUUUCUCGGAUGUAAGCCAGUCAGUUGCACUUUACUUCUGAGUUUCACAUCUCGUCUCCUGUCCUUUCCUCCUUGGUUGGUUUCCAGGUGCGAAUAGCUUCUGAAGGAAUCAACGGAACCGUUGGUGGGAGCAAGAUGGCUGCUAGCCUUUACGUGGAGGCGAUGUUGUCCCAUCCCCUCUUUAAAGGCAUUUUGACAAGGGAGGAUUUCAAGGUGAGAGACCUGAUCUGGUUGGCAUGAUGCGGAAAUGCCCAUUCUUGGUCCUACAGCCAGCAUUUCUCGAAGUGCCCUUUCCUCUCCACUUCUAGGGUGGAAGGCAGAGAAGCCAGUAGAAGGCAGAGCUAGAGCUCCAAAAGAAUGGAUUUGCAGCGUGAGACUGUCAAAUCCACUUUAAAUGGGCAAACCUAAAUUUGCUGCUGAACGACGGAAACGUAUCUGCAAAAUAGUACAGUGGUGCCCCGCAAGACGAAUGCCUCGCAAGACGAAAAACCCGCUAGACGAAAGUGUUUUCCGUUUUUCGAUGCGCUUCGCUGGACGAAUUUCCCUAUGGGCUUGCUUUGCAAGACAAAAAUGUCUUGCGAGUCUUGAGAUUUUUUUCGCUCCCCCCCCUUUUUCUAAGCCGCUAAGCCGCUAAUAGCCUUUUAGCCGCUAAGCCGCUAAGCCUUUAAUAGCCGCUAAACCGCUAAUAGCGCUAAUCCGCUAAGCCGCUAAUAGGGUUGCUUCGCAAGACGAAAAAACCGCUAGACGAAGAGACUCGCGGAACGGAUUAAUUUCGUCUUGCGAGGCACCACUGUAGUUGUUGGCAUCUGUCUUGAGAGACAAUGGAGUAUGCCUCCGGGGGUGAAGUCAAACUGCUGCAUUAGCAGCCCCAAAGUGACCUCUCUGGGGCUCAAGCCUGGGCAGUGUGGAUGGAGGCCUUAAGCUGCCCAGAGGGCAAGACCCUCCUCUCAGCCUGCCUGAUGGGGUCCGAAGGAAAGCAGGGCAAGAUGUUUGGCCAGUGGCAUAGCGUGGGGAGUGCAGGGGGGCCGGCCGCACUGGGCGCAACAUCGGGGGGGGGCGCUCGCACUCGCAGCUCUCUGCCCCUACUAAAAUCCACGGGUUAGGGGGCGCAAAUUACUUGCCUUGCCCCGGGUGCUGACAACCCACGCUACGCCACUGUGUUUGGCCCCAGCUUGGCUACAGGAGUCGCUGGAAGGAGACGUACAAGGUUGACAAGAUUUACUGAGCCUUUUUCCCCCCAAAGAUAUCCUGCAAGGCAGUGGAGGUUUAGGAGAGUUUUCCUUCUCCUGGAUAUUAUUAUUAUUAUUAUUAUUAUUAUUAUUAUUAUUAUUUGUACCUCACCCAUCUGGCUGGGUUUCCCCAGCCACUCUGGGUGGCUUCCAACAAAGAUUAAAAAUACAUUACAGUAUCACACAUUAAAAACUUCCCUGAAGGGCUGCCUUCAGAUGUCUUCUGAAUGUCAGGUACAGUCAUACCUCGGGUUGAAUGCUCUUCAGGUUGAGCACGUUUGAGUUGCGCUCCACGGCAACCUGGAAGUAACAGAGUGCAUUACUUCCGGGUUUCGCCGCGUGCGCAGACGCUCAAAAUGACAUCACGCACAUGCGCAGAAGGAGUGAAAAGCGACGCGUGCGCGCUCAGACAUGCCGUCACUAGAUAUGUUUGCUUCUGGAUGCGAACAGGGCUCCAGAAUGGAUCCUGUUCGUAUCCAGAGGUACCACUGUAGUUGUUUAUCUCUUUGGCAUCUAAUGGGAGGGCCUUCCACAGGGCGGGCGCCACGACCGAGAAGGCCCUCUGCCUGGUUCCCUGUAGCUUUGCUUCUUGCAAUGAGGGAACCACCAGAAGGCCCUCGGAGCUGGACCUCAGCGUCCGGGCAGAACAAUGAUGCUACCUUCCCAGGUUGACAAACCUCAUCUCCUCAUUUCCCUCUUCAGCAAGUGCAUAAACCGCCUUAUAGCAACAGUCUGCCAAUAGCCUUCAGCUCCAGGGGGCGAUAGAGAGACAAUGCAGCCUGUUGUCUAGGGAUGGGGAACUUCAGGUGCCGCUGGACUACAGCUCCCAUCAUCCUGACCAUGGAGCACAUUGGCUGGGGCUGAUGAGAGUUGGAGUCCAACAACGUCCCUGUCUCCACUUGACCUGCCUCCAGCGUAGAUCUAUUGGUACCUGUUUGUUGUUGGUUUUCUCCCUGUUCCUCAGACCAGCGCAGGAGGAGCCCACUGUUUCACAGACCUUCGGGUUGGCGUCUUUGAAGAAAUUGUGCCCAUGGGAAUCAACCCGCAGAAAGUCUCUUACAAAGAAACAGGUGUGGAGUAUAAUUAUAUCUUAAAAUAAUUUUUUAUUAUUUAUACCCCGCCCAUCUGGCUGGGUUCCCCCAGCCGCUCUGGGCGGCUCCCAACAGAAUAUUAAAAACACAACAAAAAAACCAAACAUUAAAAACUUCCCUAAACAGGGCUGCCUUCAGAUGUCUUCUAAAAGUCAGAUAGUUGUUUUAUUUCUUUGACAUCUGAUGGGAGGGCGUUUCACAGGGCGGGCGCCACUACCAAGAAGGCCCUCUGCCUGGUUCCCUGUAGCCUCACUUCUUGCAAAAGAGGGAACAGCCAGAAGGCGCUUGGAGCUGGACCUCAGUCUCUGGGCUGAACGAUGGGGGUGGAGACGCUCCUUCAGGUUUCCUGGGCCGAGGCCAACAUCUCUUGCCUUUAGAAGGACUGGGAAUUGAUGGGUAGGGGGCACCGAACAGGGUGGGAGGCUGGUGGGGCAGAGGACAGGGAGCCCAAAUCAAUGAAAGGCGGAGCCAAAUCUAGGGAUGGGCGGAGCCGACUGAGUCGAAUUUUGCCUUUACCCUCCUUCCUGCUGAGUUCUACUGAGACUAAGGUGGAAGUAGGUGAUACCCAGAGCUCUGCUCCGGACCGGUUGUAAAAACUAGAAGGCAGGUAGGGGGCAGGCUCAGGUUGGUGGAGUGAGCCCCAUUUGCCUUAAUGGACCAGCUGCAUUGACUGAACACUGUAAAAGGAAAUGGCCGCUGAAUUGAUGCCACAGCCUCUGUUUGCUUCCCCUUGCUCUGCCCUUGAAGAACCUGGUCUUCAGGACCUCUUCCCCCAAUUGUUACUGCAAAGGGAGACUUCAGGCGGUCCUGGUUCACGCACCCAAAUUGUUGCUGCCCUAUGGAUUUGAAACACUUUAAUGUUAUACCGAAAGAUGUCUCAUCGGAAGGGGUUUCCUGUUUUGACGCAGGGUUCCCCACAAGCAAAGGGAGGAGAGGAAUGCUGUUUGAGUCCGAAUUCAAGUUUGUUUUUUAUACCUUUGUAAGCCACUUUCAACUGCUUGUAGGGAUCCGUCUGACUCCAAAGGAGUUUCAUCUAGAAGUGGAGAAAUAUCUCUCUCAGGGUAACAAAGGGCAAGCGGACACCAUUUUGCUGGACUGCAGGAACUUCUACGAAAGUAAAAUAGUAGGUGGCUUUUGAGUUGGCUUUUAUUUUCUUCCUUGGGGAUUCGAAAGUCUGAAGGAAGCAGAUUUCGUCUUUCUUUAAUUUAUAUCCCACCCAGGGCAGCAAACAACAUGUGAUAAAACAGUAGAAAAGCAUAUUAAAAACAAUUCCAAAACAGAUGCAGCCUGGGGAAGGUUUUCAGCUUAAAGAUUUGUUGACAGGGGAAGGUCGUCAUCAGUAGUUGCCAAAAAGACAACACUUCCUCCUUUCUAUUCCAUCUGCUUUCUGCCAUGUUUUAAAAUUGAUUUCACUUAUAAGAUUUAUAGCCUGCCUGUGGGAUGCGGGUGGCGCUGUGGGUUAAACCACAGAGCCUAGGACUUGCCGAUCAGAAGGUCGGCGGUUCGAAUCCCCGCGACGGGGUGAGCUCCCAGUGUUCGGUCCCUGCUCCUGCCAACCUAGCAGUUCGAAAGCACGUCAAAGUGCAAGUAGAUAAAUAGGUACUGCUCCAGCGGGAAGGUAAAUGGCAUUUCCGUGUGCUGCUCUGGUUCGCCAGAAGCGGCUUAGUUAUUCUGGCCACAUUACCCGGAAGCUGUACGCCGGCUCCCUUGGCCAAUAAAGCGAGAUGAGCGCCGCAACCCCAGAGUCAGUCACGACUGGACCUAAUGGUCAGGGGUCCCUUUAUCUUUACCUUAGCCUGCCUGUGGCACUUUCAGAUGACCUGUUUAUUGAGCAUUCUUCAUGCUUGCUUUGUAGGGUUAGAUGAUGUGGCGUCAAUGCAAGUGCUAUCCCACACUUCCCAUUGCAUUUCCCUGUCACUUUCCUUACCGCAAACAUUCCAAUUUUGGGGGGAAGCAGGUUUAUUGUGCAAUCCUUCCCAACUGCGUAGCCUGAAUUUGCCAGUAUGUGAUUGAAUCCCCACUCCAGAAAUAGUGGCAGUCUGGAAGUGCCUCUUCAUUCUCAAUAGCAAUAGGACAUUGAUGCAGAAACCCCACGAGACUUCCCACUCUCCAGAAAUGUUUCAGUGGCCCCACUUUGCAAAACACUCAAGUUAAGCGGCAUGCCUUUCUUUUGGCCCCCAGGGACAUUUCCAAGGCUCUUUGGCUCCAGACAUCAGGAAAUUCAGCUACUUCCCCACCUAUGUGGAUGAGAACCUGGAUCUUUUCCGGGGCAAGAGGAUCCUGAUGUAUUGCACGGGAGGAAUCCGUUGCGAGCGGGGCUCCGCCUACCUCAGGUCCAAGGUGAGCAGCUGCCUCAGGGGAAAGCACUCGGCCGAGAGACUUUGUGUGUUGAAGACCACGACUGGAGCAGUCAAAUGUUCAUAGCUUUGCUGGUCUGACAUAUAGGUCCACAAAUUUGUUUAUUUUAUUUUUUUCAAUUUUUUUAUUGAUUUUCACAAUUUUAUAAACAAACAAACACAUAAGACAGACAAACAUAAAUCAUAGCCUUAUUGAAAAUUACACUUAUUAACUUUGUUAAGUGACUUCCCCGCUUCCCCUUGGUUGAAUUUCAUUGCAUAUCCUUUUAACGGUUUCCCAAGUCACAAUUCUUAUGAAAUUUAACUUAAACAUUAACAUCCUUAGAUCUUCACAUUAUGAAAUUAAACAUACUAAUUCUCAACGUAAAUAAAAUCCUAAGCCAAUUAAGUAUUUUUUCUUCUUAAAUUUGUGGACCUAAUGUAAAUAAAUGUAGGUCCACAAAUUUAAGAAGAAAAAAUGAUGACAGCAGAACGAUGACAGCACCAGGUAAGCUUGCAUUCAGCACUUGAAAUAAUUAUUAAGAAGGAAUGGAAAGGGCAUAAAGUUCAUCUAUUCUAAAUGCUCUGAUUAGAGCUAGAUCAGCUGUAACAGCACCCUUAGCUGAUGAGCCAAUACAGUGGUACCUCAGGUUACAUACGCUUCAGGUUACAGACUCCACUAACCCAGAAAUAUUACCUCAGGUUAAGAACUUUGCUUCGGGAUGAGAACUGAAAUUGUGCUCCAACAGCGCAGCAGCAGCAGGAGGCCCCAUUAGCUAAAGCAGUGCUUCAGGUUAAGAACAGUUUCAGGUUAAAAACAGACCCAUAGCUGUCAAGCGUCCCUUAUUUGGCGGGACAGUCCCUUAUCCCAGCGCCAUGUCCCGCUGCUGUCCCUUAUUGAUGAGGCUUUGUUUGGCUGCUGGCUGGGCUUUCUGCCUUUGGCUCGGGGGGGCUCAGAAGUUGAACAUACCUGUGCCUGGAAAAUCCCUUAUUUUGGCUGCUGAUCCCUUAUUUUCAAGGCUGCUGAUCCCUUAUUUUCGAGGCUGUUGGUUCCUUAUUUUCAAAUCUGUAAGUUGACAGCUAUGAACAGACCUCCAGAACAAAUUAAGUUCUUAACCUGAGGUACCCCUGUAUAACUUAGAGGAGGCAAAGAAUCUUCUGCAACAUCUCUUCAAAACAUUUAAUUUAUUUCCUUAAAGAAACAAAGCUCUUUUGAGUGCCACCAGGAGUAACCGCUCAAGCCAUUAGCAGACAGGAGAUGCCAUCCUGUUAUUUCCUGUGCUGUCUGUGUUUUGGCAAACCUCCCCCUAGAGACAAGGUCCUUUAAGGUUCGGAGAUUAACGCUUGUCCUUUCAAGGCAGUUCACUGAGCUUAGAGGCAACAGAUAUUACACUUGAGGCCCUGCCGUGAUAACCAAAGCAAAUCGUCUCCUGUCAUUUCACAGUUACCUGGCACAGAAUCCCAUCUCGCUUGGCUUCUGUUUUAAAGAAACGCAAAGCUGGUUUCUCGUCCUCCUGUUUGGUGGAAGUGCAUUUCUAAAUGGGCAGGGGGUGCCUGUAAAAAGUUUUUUCAGUCAAGGAGCAGAGCUUCUGGGUUCUGGCUGGAAACUUCCUGGUUCCUCCCUCAGAAACAUGGGUCAUGUUUCCCUCAGUUUCCUAUGUUGCAGCCCUGUUCCCUAUGUGAUCAGCGUUCUGAGUCGUGCAGGCCGUCUUCUUAUGCAUGUAUAAAGCAGACUCCCCAUGCACAGGGACGUGGGUGGCGCUGUGGGUUAAACCACAGAGCCUAGGACUUGCCAAUCAGAAGGCCGGCGGUUCGAAUCCCCGCAACGGGGUGAGCUCCCGUUGCUCGGUCCCAGCUCCUGCCAACCUAGCAGUUCAAAAGCACGCCAAAGUGCAAGUAGAUAAAUAGGUACCGCUCCGGCGGGAAGGUAAACGGCGUUUCCGUGUACUGCUCUGGUUCGCCAGAAGCGGCUUAGUCAUGCUAGCCACAUGACCCGGAAGCUAUACGCUGGCUCCCUCGGCCAAUAAAGCAAGAUGAGCACCGCAAUCCCAGAGUCGGUCACGACUGGACCUAAUGGUCAGGUGUCCCUUUACCUUUACCUUUUACCCCAUGCACAAGUUGUGAAUGCGACAGCAGCAACAGUGGGAGCAGACGCAGCAGGGGCACUUUGCUUAUUAUAUACUCAGCACCGAGCAACACGUGAAGAGGGCAUAUGUGGAGGGCAAGGUAAGGUAAGGAGAGGGUGGCUCUGCGGUCUAAACCACUGAGCCUCUUGGGCUUGCCAAUCGGAAGGUCGGCGGUUCUAAUCCCCGCGACAGGGUGAGCUCCCGUUGCUCUGUUCCAGCUGCUGCCAACCUAGCAGUUCAAAAGCACGCCAAAGUGCAAGUAGAUAAAUAGGUACCACUGUGGCAGGAAGGUAAACGGUGUUUCCCUGUGUUCUGGUUUCAUUCUGCCAGAAGUGAUUUAGUCAUGCUGGCCACAUGCCCCGGAAAGCUGUCUGUGGACAAACACCAGCUCCCUUGGCCUGAAAGCGAGAUGAGCUCCGCAACCCCAUAGUCGCCUUUGACUGGACUUAACCGUCCAGGGGUCCUUUACCUUACCUACAGGGAGGGCCAGGAUAUUCAGUACAAGGAUGUUCCCUCCCACUUCAGAAAAUAAGCAGGUAGUGCAGGUUACAAUAACCAAGCCAAUUGUAGACUGGAGAGAAGUCUUUGCCUCUGUGUCAGAAAUUAAUAAUGACUCUUUGUGGUUUGGGGCUGUUCUGAAACAGGGCGUGUGCAAAGGAGUAUACCACCUCAAGGGUGGUAUCCACAAGUACCUGGAAGAAUUCCCAGAAGGGUUCUACCGCGGGAAGCUCUUCGUCUUUGAUGAACGUUAUAGCAUCUCCUCCAAUGGCGAUGUGAUUUCAGGUAAGUGAGCUCCUUUCCUGAGGGGCUUUUCUGACAUUCGACCCUUUUUCCUUUCUUAGUCUUAUUUGUAAAUUUUAGUCCAGGGAUGGGAGUGUAUGGGGUGUUAAGGGAGGGGCAGUAGCUCUGGUGGGGGACACACCAUGCUCCUUCUGGGGUAGUUUGUCCACCUUUGCUCCCCACCCUGCACUCUGCUAUUAUCCGUGGCUCCUGGAAGCUGUCAGAAUGCAACAGCGUCCACGCUCUGGGAAUGGCUUUGACUGGGCACCUAAACCUGGUGAAGGUUGCCAAUGGGUCUCAAACCCUUGGUGAGUUAGGGACUUGUCCUAUAUGCGAAGACAGGCUCUGGCAGAUUGAGCGGAUGAGACCAAUAAAGGUUACAAUGGUCAUGAAGGUAGUUUCUGUACAUGCCGCAGAGGGAAGCAGAUAACUGGGCACAGUAGUUGGGGUUGGGGUUAUUUUCAUUCGGGUAAAACUGUAAAUUAUUAUUAUUAUUAUUAAUUGAUUUAUUGGUUUAUUUAUAGUCUGUAUAAGGUACAGUGGUACCUCGGGUCACAUACGCUUCAGGUUACAGACUCUGCUAAACCAGAAAUAGUACCUCAGGUUAAGAACUUUGCUUCAGGAUGAGAACAGAAAUCGCGCAGCAGCGGGAGGCCCCAUUAGCUAAAGUGGUACCUCAGGUUAAGAACAGUUUCCGGUUAAGAACGGACCUCCAGAACGGAUAAGAACAGAAAUUGCGCGGUGGUGGUGCGGUGGCAGCGGGAGGCCCCAUUAGCUAAAGUGGUACCUCAGCUUAAGAACAGCUUCCGGUUAAGAACGGACCUCCAGAACGAAUUAAGUUCUUAACCUGAGGUACCACUGUAUUGUUUUUUAAUGUUUGAUGUUUUAUUAUGUUUAUAUAUAUGCUGUAAGCCACCCAGAGUGGCUGGAGAAAUAAUAAUAAUAAUAAUAAUAAUAAUAAUAAUAAUAAUAAUCCCUGUCUUGCUGCUUUCUUAGAUCCCCUGCCUCAUUCCCUUAGACCCCCAUCUCACCUCCCGUCUUCCCUGGGCUCUUUUGCCUUUAUCUGUCAGGGACUGGCAGGGCUCUGAGGAGGGGUGGAAGGGGUAGUGGUGCCAGAGGCUGAUCUAGGGGAAGGGGACAGUGAUUUAUGGGGUUUUGUGCCCCCUGCAAGGCAGGAGCCAGUGCUGAAGGUUGGGGAGGGGGUCUGAACAGUCAGAAACGGUGGAGGGAGGACAGGACACACCAGGAGCUGAGGGAGAGAUGGUGCCUGAAGUGAGGGGCUCCCCUCUGCUGCUGCCCCCCAGGACCUGGAGGGGGCUUGAAAAAGCAGGUGCAGUAACACCUUCCAUGUAGGAGAAGUCGCAGGUUGCUUGUGGUGCGCGGUCGGACAAGAGGUCUUAAUUUUUGGGGGGUAGGCGUGGCCACCCGUUGCUCGGAGCACACGCCCAGAGAGGGGAACCAGCUCGCGAAACACCAGAAGUGUCUUGUGCAUGUUUGGUGCACCUCAGGAACUACUGUAUGUUUGUGAUUUGUCAAUAAAGACUCAAACUACCUGCCAUUCAUCCUCCUUGGGCCAGGUGCGCUUAGGACUCCAUCUUGGAUCUGAGCACCUCAGCCAAUGGCUGCCCGAGAUCUUCCUUCUCUGCGAUAUUAGGCAGGCUUAAACAUGAAUUUUUGGGACGCGGGUGGCGCUGUGGGUUAAACCACAGAGCCUAGGACUUGCCGAUCAGAAGGUCGGCGGUUCAAAUCCCAGUGACGGGGUGAGAUCCCGUUGCUCGGUCCCUGCUCCUGCCAACCUAGCAGUGUGAAAGCACGUCAAGUGCAAGUAGAUAAAGGUAAACGGUAAAGGUAAAAGGUAAACGGUGUUUCCGUGUGUCGCUCUGGUUCACCAGAAGAGGCUUAGUCAUGCUGGCCACAUGACCCGGAAGCUGUACGCCGGCUCCCUCGGCCAAUAAAGCAAGAUGAGCGCUGCAACCCCAGAGUCGGCCACGACUGGACCUAAUGGUCAGGGGUCCCUUUACCUUUUAACCAUGAAUUUAAUGGUGCGUAAGGUUUAAGUGGGAUUAGGAUGGCAGCCUUAAGUCAAUUUUUGUUGCAGAAUAGAGCAGGGGAAAAAAAAUAAGGAGUGCCUUUCCUUCUUGCAUUGAGGCAGCUUUUGUGGAUUGAACGCAGCGCUUUUUUUCCUGGGGGGACGCAGGGCUACGCAUACCCCUAAACAUUUUGUGAACUGAACGGGAGAAGAAACUAAAUUUUUUAUGAAUCGUCUGUUCCGUUGCUACCCCCAAUGGCAGCCUCAUUUCUUGUCACGGUGUUUCCUGAGUCUCAGACGGAAGCGAGAGUACCCCUAAACAUUUUUAAUGAAAAAAAGCAUUGAUUGUGUCUUGAGCAGAAGUUACGAUGAAUGCAGAAUAAGAAGUUCAUCUGGAGCAGGCUUCCUCAACCUCGGCCCCUCAGAUGCUUAGAGACUACAAUUCCCAUCAUCCCUGACAACCGGUCCUGCUCGCUAGGGAUCAUGGGAGUUGUAGUCCAAAAACAUUGUAGGCCGAGGUUGAGGAAACCUGAUCUGAAGGGUCUGCCAGAGGACUUGGGGAGGGUGGUGUCAGUGGCAACCACAAAUAGUGGCUAUUGGCUGGAGAUUUAACCCCCUCUUCCCUCUCUUCCUCCAGCCUGCCGUUACUGCGGGAUGCUCUGGGACCAGUAUCGACUUUGCUCCACCCAGCCCUGCCGCCAGCUUGUCCUGGCAUGCCCCCAGUGCCAGCUGAAAGGGUUCACAGCCUGCUGCCCCCUCUGCCAGAAGAAAGGCCUGGCGCUGGCUUCAGCUCCUUCCGGACUCUCCUUCAAGGAGGAGUGUGAGUGCACCGGCACACGGCGGCAGGUGCCGGUGGAGCGCAUCUAACCAAGGAUCCCACCUCCUUGGACAUCCGCUUGGGGUGCCCAAAUCCCAGCUCUCUUUUCAGGGGAUUUGAGGCAAGCAGCUUUGCUGACCUCCGGUUUCAGGCAGUUAAUCAGGGCUUCAUGGCAACGCUAUCGCAACUCUCCGAAGUAAAUUACUGGUGCAAGCAUGUACACACAAUAGAACUCCCAUGGUGCUACACAACCGUUUCCUCAUGUGAGUUUAUCAUCCCUUCCCUUCCAGUGGGAUGCAGAGCUCUGACAGAAAACAUCACUGCUCUGCUUCUCUGAACCAGGGCAAGACAACAGUAAAGAGGAUUUCCAUUAAAGGAAAAGCACACCACCGACAGGUAGACUCUCAUGUGUAUGUGCAUUGGGAGGCUACGAUGUGCUCUGGCUUCCAGCAAAUGUGGGCCACCUAUACAUGCAGUGAGUGAUGCGCUUGUAGGUAUAGGCUGUGAUCGGCCUGCAAAUUUCCCAGUCUUCCCUCCCAAAAGGUGAAUUUUGGGUAGGAAACUGCGCUGGUUCCCGGUUUUUGUGGAAUCCCCACCCCUGACCGGGUAAGAGAUCUGCAUGGGGGAUCUGAAGAAUCAAAAUAAUCAGAAUUGUAGAGUUUGAAGGGAUCUUAAGGGCCAUCUAGUUCAACCCCCUGCAAUGCAAGAAUCUCAACUGAAGCAUCCAUGACAAGAUGGCCGCCCAUCCUCUUCUUAGAAACUUCCAAGAAAGGAGAGUCCACUGUCUUCUGAGGGACUCCCUCCCACUGUCAAACGGCUCUCACUAUCGGAAAGUUUUUCCUGAUGUUUAGUUGGAAACGCCUUUCUUGCAACUUGAAGCCAUUGGUUCAAGUCCUGUCCUCUAGUGCAGGAGGAAAAAAAAGCUUGCUACAUCUACCCUGUGACAGCCUUUUAGUUAUUUGAAUAUGGCUAUUUCACAUCUCUCAAGUCUCCUCUUAUCCUGGCUAAACAUACCCAACUCCCUCCAACAGUUCCUUGCAAGACUUGGUUUCCAGAUCCUUGAUCAUCUUUUAGAUCAGUGAUGGCCAAACUUGGCCCUCCACGUUUUUGUGACUACAACUCCCAUCAUCCCUAGCUCACAGGACCAGUGGCCAGGGAUGAUGGGAAUUGUAGUCCCAAAACAGCUGGAGGGCCAAGUUUGGCCAUCACUGUUUUAGAUAGUAAAAGACGUCAGAGACCACAGGUUUGCAAGAGGACUCAGAAAGGGGACUUAAAAGUUCCUUAAAAUGCACAUAUAGAUGAGUAAAGGUGGUUAGCAGGUUCCAAAACAGGGGAGGCAAAACCUCUGUGAAUCAAUUUGACAUACUCCCCCAAAUCCUGCCACUUCACUCUUAUUUUCUGGGUUAACGGGUUGCAAACAGAUUUUUUUUCCAGGAAGCAAUGUACAUGGAAAUGAGCAUGGAACUUCCACUAUACAGUCAUUCCUUGGAAGUCGAACAGUCUAGUUCUCGAACGUUUUGGCUCCUGAACAAUCGAAACCUGGAAGUGACUGUUCAGGAAGUGAACUUCCUGCAGCCAAUCAGAAGCCUACUUCCAAGGUACGACUAUAUUCUGCUACGUUCUGGAAGUGGCUUUUACUUCAUGUGAAAGCUCAGAUAUAAUGUAGAAAUUAACAGCUAAGGAAGUAAGAUAAACUCCUGUGUGGAUACAGCUUAGGAGAUGCAGAAUUUUGCAAGGGAACAGAAGUUAUUAUAUUUGCAUAACGUGCACAGGUUGUAGAAAUCGGCCUUUCUUGGUUUGGAGUUUUUAUUUGUGGGUGGAGCAAAAUUCACACAACCUUGGCUUAAAAGCAGAGGCUGUUUGGAAAUUCAGCAAAACUGACCCGUAGUUUGGUGUCCAGUGGCUUCCAGGAAGGGCAGGCUUAAUCAAGAUGCAUCUCUGGCAACCGCCCAAAGUAUAGACAGAACUGGCGGGAAUAUUCCAAAUAUACGUUUCUGCACAGUGCCUGUGCAUCUAGUUGCAAUUAGCACCUUCUUGCAACAGGAGGCAGACCCUUCUGGACUCCUGGAUCUGCAAGCAGGAGGAAAGAAUUGAGAAGCUGGCAGACAAUAUUUGGCAUAUUUUACGAGAUGUGGUGCAGGGUUUAAAGAGCCUAACAAGGCACUAAUCAGAUUCUUGAUUCUUCUAGCUGGAAUGGUCCAGUAUCUAUUUUCAGCCGAGGUUGUUGUUAUGAGCAAUGGUUUAUUAAGGGGUACCGUAUUUUUUGCUCUAUAAGACUCACUUUUUCCCUCCUAAAAAGUAAGGGGAAAUGUGUGUGCGUCUUAUGGAGUGAAUGCAGGCUGCGCAGCUAUCCCAGAAGCCAGAACAGCAAGAGGGAUUGCUGCUUUCACUGCGCAGCGAUCCCUCUUGCAGUUCUGGCUUCUGAGAUUCAGAAUAUUUUUUUUCUUGUUUUCCUCCUCCAAAAACUAGGUGCGUCUUGUGGUCUGGUGCGUCUUAUAGAGCAAAAAAUACGGUAAUUUACAAGCAGUGGAACAUUACAAGGCUGGCUGCAAUGGACCAGGCAGGGCUGCAAUGAACCUGCCAUCCAUUUUAUUAAGUUCCACAGAGGGUGCCGUGCCAUGUUUGAAAGGGCCCUGAGCCAAUCUCUGCUCCUCAGAGCCUGGUAGUGCCCUGAGCUUUUAAGGGCAGCAUCAACCUCUGCCCCUCUUUCCUAUUGAUUUUUGGGGAAUUCUUUGAUGGGGCAUAUUGUGACACCGCCACGGAGAUUUUGCACCCAGGCAGGCAGCACCCUUUGGCAGAAGACCCAUUUGAUCCAAGGCAACAAUAGUGAAGACAGUUCUUGAAACAAAAGUGUGACAAAUGAACAAAGCAGCCAUUCAGGAGAAUAAAGAGUCUAGACACUUCCUUGUGCUUAUUAGAAGACGUUUUUAAGAGAACAACAUGUGCAAAUUCACUGUUUUAAGGUCUUGGAUUCUUCUGCAAGAGAGAAACAACCGACACCCCAGUCGGCAGCUGUCUUCUUGUGACUAUUGCUUAGGGGGGGAAAAGAGUGGCCUUACAUUCUUUCUGUUGGGUGGGUGUGUAGAGACUUAUUAACAGAUGCUUUAUAAACUUAGGUUGCAAUGCAGGGCUGUGGAUAUUAGGCGACCGCAAUUCACAAGUCCUUAAAAAAAUAACAAUGCAAACUGGGUUGAUAGAAAUGCUGUCAAACUAGUAGCUUCUUUCUAAUUCUUGGAGAUUGUCAAAAUAAAAAUAAAAGUAUUUUUUUAACCUUUCUGCUACAUUU